ACAAUCUGAACUCACGUUCCACUGCCCCGAACGUUUACAAUCGAUGGCAAAUCUAAGCUGCGUUUUACAAUAUACGGACGCUUUGUUGAGCGGCGUGCUCGCUUCUAGAAUACGAAACUAGUCGAUACCCCAUUAAUUCGUGCUGUGCAACCGAUGCAAGGUCAGUCGAGUGUAGAAACAAAAAGUCACAAGUGCGUUUGCUGUAAAUUAGGAAAGAACCAAUUGACACAAGCGUGUGGGAUGCAUCGGAAAAGGACCUCGUAACAAAUCAAUGUAUCCUUCGGAUAAUGCUUUUUGCUGCAGCGCUUCAUCAUCAUCUGAAUGCAACCGACUUUCUAGGGCUAAGCAGGAGGAGAAGAAGCUGAAACACUCGUACAAAAACCGCAGUGUCAAGCGGCGCAGGAAGCACAACACGGGGAAAAUAGGAUUGCCAUACGCCGAACGUUCCAUCUGCCUUUAACUCGCUCCUCGGCCCUGCCUCCUACUUCCCCCAAGCAAACACACACUCGAGCACACUCUGGACAGAUGGGUGACGCAAAAUGGUGCUAUCAUAAAUUAGCCUAGAAAAUCUUCUCCCUGGAGCACGCAGCAGUGUGCUUCUCGCGUGUCCAACUUGAAGAUUAAUCGCGAGAAAGCGGUAGCAGCUAUAGCAUCGCUAGUAGUAGUAAGAAGCUGGUUUGGUAGAAUUAAGGCGCCAGUGAUAAGGGGGCUAGAAAAGUCCCGUUUGUCCAGUACGUAUUAACAUUCCGUGACCACACCGAAGGAAGGGCUGUUGGUAUACGAUUAAAAGCGCGAAUUAACCAACGGAACAACCAUGCCGUGCUGUAGUUUAAGAAAAAUCAUCAAGUACCCUCGGUCGGUGUUGAGGACGAUUCUGGUGGUCGCGAACAACAUCUAUUGCGUGCCGACGUACCUUGUGUGGAUGUUUCUACUGCUACCCUUGAGAAAGAUUCACGAAACGUACUAUUACCGGAUCGAGGGUAUACUGUUUCAUUGGCUACUUGCAAAUGUAUCCAUGUGGUCUUGGACAGCUGGAUAUGAAGUAGUCGAAAUGGGAGACGAUAUAACGACGGCCUUCGACAAACGUACUCUGGUCCUAGCGAAUCACCAGAGCACCUCGGAUGUGCCGCUGCUGAUGGCGGCGUUCAACGCCAAGAAGGGUAUACUGCCGAACAUCAUGUGGAUCAUGGACCGGCUGUUCAAGUACACAAACUUUGGUGCCGUCAGUCUGGUGCAUCAGGACUUUUUCAUUGCAUCGGGAAAGAAUAAUCGCGACAAGUCGUUGGAGCAACUGAAAUCACACAUUUUGAAAUGUUAUAUUCCGCGGAGGCGAAAGUGGAUGGUGCUGUUUCCGGAGGGAGGUUUCUUGCGAAAGCGGAAGGAAAUAAGCCAAAGAUUUGCGGAGAAAAAUAAUUUACCAGUAUUAAACAAUGUCACCUUGCCCCGUGUGGGUGCGAUGAAGGCGAUCAUUGACAUGCUCGGUGCGCCGAGCGAUCUCAACAACAGCUCGGCCACCACUAAUCCCUCCUCGGGAUCACUUCUAGGCAGUGGUGUAAGACAGGAAGCGGCCAAACAAUCGGACGGCAACAGCACUAUCAUCAAUAGCGAAGCAAUAAUUAAAGAUGACGAUGACUGUGAUAACUGUAAGGACGCUUCGUAUGCAUUGCUUAAUGGGCAAUCGGGAGGAUGUCUGGAGUACAUACUGGACAUUACUAUUGCGUAUCCUCAAGGUGUUCCACUAGAUUUACCGAACAUCGUGCACGGAAUGCGAGAGCCCUGCCAGACAUUUUUAUUCUACAAACUUUACCAUAGUUCGGAGGUUCCACGGGAAAGUGAAUCUCUCACGCAGUGGUUGUACAAUCGGUUUUACGAGAAGGAGAAACUGCUUGAAGAAUUCUACCGCACCGGAACAUGGCCAAACAGCUGUUGUAUUCCGCCGACGGUGGUGCACCAGGAUUUGCUUCGUUUUCUGCUAAUUCAUCUGUUUUUCGUCACUUCGACCUACGUGCACUUGCAGUUGAUUUUAACGUUAAUCAACUACACCAACAUAAUGUACGUUUACUUUCUGAGCUAAAUUUCGGAGGCAAUUGUAUUGUUUCCGUUCGCUUGUACUCUCUCUAAUCUCGCGCAGCUACAAUAUGGUGUGUAAGCCAUGAAAAAAAAACAACAUAAUACAAAACGAAGCAGCAGAGACAAAACAGAAGAUAACAAACUAAGAAAAUAA